CUGCCUGCGAUGCUGGCGGCGCGCCCGGCUCUCUCCUCCUCUUCCGGAGACAAAUUUUGCGCGCCUUGGAGCCAUGGAUCCGCCGGGCUCGGCUGCCGGGGAAGCGGGCCGGGGGCUGCCCGGAGCCUCCCUCCCGGCCCUGGAGCGGCAGUGGCUGCAGGCGCUGCGCGGAAUCAGCGGGAGCGACGAGGAAGCGGCGGGCGCCGCGCUGCGCUGCCUGAUGCGCGGGAGCCAAAAGGACCUCUUGCAAUUGCAGGGCUACAGGUGAGGGAGCCAGGUGCAUGGGGAAUGUCGGAGCUGGAGAAUAUAUAUUUGUGUGUGUGUGUGUGUGUGUGUGUGUGUGUGUGUGUGUUAGAUACAUAUGGUUUUCUUGGGAGAAAAGCAAUGACAAACCUAGACAGCAUCUUAAAAAGCAGAGACAUCACCUUGCCAACAAAGGUCCGUAUAGUUAAAGCUCUGGUUUUCCCAGUAGUGAUGUAUGGAAGUGAGAGCUGGACCAUAAAGAAGGCUGAUCGCUGAAGAAUGGAUGCUUUUGAAUUCUGGUGCUGGAGGAGACUCUUGAGAGUCCCAUGGACUGCAAGAAGAUCAAACCGAUCCAUUCUGAAGGAAAUCAGUCCUGAGUGCUCACUGGAAGGACAGAUCCUGAAGCUGAGGCUCCAAGACUUUGGCCAGCUCAUGAGAAGAGAAGACUCCCUGGAAAAGACCCUGAUGUUGGGAAAGAUGGAGGGCGCAAAGAGAAGGGGACGACAGAGGACGAGAUGGUGGGACAGUGUUCUCGAAGUGACCAGCAUGAGUUUGACCAAACUGUGGGAGGCAACGGAAGACAGGAGUGCCUGGCGUGCUCUGGUCCAGGGGGUCACAAAGAGGCGGACACGACUAAACAACAACAUAGGUUCCCUAUUGGUAGGAGAAGAUAACAGAGGCCAACCAGAGAAUAUUGAGAAGCAAAGCAGCUAGUAAGCUUGAUCUUUAUUGAUCUGUUGCAACAGGGUGCUCCCCUCAUCCGCAGGAGAGAGGAGGAACUCUAUAUGGGCUAUAUGGGCUCUUGGAUACCCCAUAAGGGAAAAGGGCAAUUUUUGUUUACAACAAAGGGACCACCGGGUCAUGUAGCUGAACCCCCUGCGAUGCAGGAAUCUCAGAAAGAUCACAAAUGUCAGGUUGUGCACUUAGGCAGGAAGAGCCAGGUGCACAAAUAUAAGAUGGUAAAAGGUAUAUUUCACAUAUUGUUAACUAACUUUGUGUCCUCUUGUGAAAUUUUGAAAUCAGUUUUCUGAAGGGUAUUUUAGUAAUCAUUGUAAUUUUUAAUAAGUUUCUGUUUUAUUAUUAUAUGCUGGUAUUUCAAGAGUUAAUUUUAUUGUGUAUUAUUAAAUUCUAAUACAUGAUUGAAUGUUACUUUGUUUAUUUUAAAGUUAUGUUUUUAUUAUGAUUUUGUAUUUCACCAGAUUAUUCUAAGGUGUGUGCACUUUGUUGUAUAUUUUGUGGUUGUAAACUGCCUUGUGUUUAGUAAUAUAGAAAGGUGGUAUACAUAUUAAAGGUGAAAUGAAAAUGAAAUGAGCACAAUGAGGCAGCUUAAAAAGUAUUGAGACCUAUUCCUUUGGCUGAUCCCCCCCCCAAAGCUGAGCCAACUAUUUUUUUUAAUGUAUGUAUUUUUUAAUGGAUGAAUAUUGAUUCUUACGUCUAGACAUCUUGCGGAAUUCUAGGUGGAAAAUCAAAAUUUUGUUUCCUAAAUCAAUCAUUAUUUCCCUUCCAGCCUUAUUUCUGUCUCUGACCUCCAGUCUCAACAGCGGAUGCCUUGCUGCAGUCAUCUAACCUGGAGCUCCGAUGAAUUCAGGGAAUGGGUUCGCCAAGGUGAAGGCGUCUUGUCUAACCAGAGAAGGUUGCAGCGGACACACUUGAUACUCGUGGGCUACUUGACGGAUGAAAGACUUGGGGAGAAAGAGAAGUUGGUGGAUGGUAGUUUGUAUGUGCGAGACAACACUGGCGAGUUGCCCUGCACGGUACGGCUUGAGGACGGCCUUCUCUUUUGCUUUCUAACACUGUUUCUAACAAACAGAGAUGCGGGUGGCGCUGGGGUCUAAGCCACUGAGCCUUUUGGGCUUGCCGAUCUGAAGGUCGGCGGUUCAAAUCCCCACGACGGGGUGAGCUCCCGUUGCACUGUCCCAACUCCUGCCAACCUAGCAGUUUGAAAGCACACCAGAGCAAGUAGAUAAAUAGGUACUGCUGCGGCGGAAAGGUAAACGCCGUUUCCGUGCGCUUUGGCUUUUGUCGCGGUGUCCCAUUGCGCCAGAAGCGGUUUAAUCAUGCUGACCACAUGACCCGGAAAGCUGUCUGUGGACAAACGCCGGCUCCCUCAGCCUGAAAGUGAAAUGAGCGCCGCAACCCCAUAGUCGCCUUUGACUGGACUUAACCAUCCAGGGGUCCUUUACCUUUACCUAUUCAAAGUACCAAUUUCAUAGAAAAUGUGUUCCUAAUAGAGUCUCUUUCUCUCUUCGGUUCAGCUCCUGCGUUUUAAGCUUGAGUGGCUAGGGUGUCUGUUGCUGUUUCCCAGCUGGAUAUAUAUCCCCAAAGCAGGCAAGAGCACAGCUGGGUAUUUGGAGAUCAUGCAAGACCCAAUCCAAGUGAUGCCUGGUCCAGAGAAAACUCUUGAUAUCCUCCCUGUUUUCUACCCGAGACAAGCUGCACAGCUGCUCAAUGCCAGGUAAAGGUUCAGUGUUGCCUGUCAAAUACUCCCAGCAGCCAUGAUUGUUAGACCGGUUGUUGUCUUCCACCAAGGGAGCAAGCUGUCUGAGAAAAUGAAUACAGUCGUAACUUGGAUCCCAAAUGCCUUGGUACUUGGACGUUUUGGGUCCCGAAUGCCGCAAACCUGGAAGUGACUGUUCCGGUUUGCGACCUAUUUUUGAAAGCUGAAUGUCCGACGGAGUUUCCUGCAGCUGAUCAGAAGCCGCGCUUUGGUUUCCGAAUGUUUUGGAAGUCGAACAGACUUCCGGAAUGGAUUCCAUUUGACUUCCGAGGUAUGACUCGGAAUAUGAUGUUCCACAAGCUUCUGUUGGAGUGGUGAAUUACUUGGCUUAAGUAAAGACAAGUCAUUCAAGCUUGUAACGUAAAUUAUUUUCCUGCCUUUGGCAGAACGUAACCUAGACAAGGAUGGUCUAGCCAGAUUUGUUGCUGCUGUUGCAGUUUUCUGUUUAUAUAGGUAGACCCACCUUGGUAUGAUCUCCUUUUUUUUUUAGGCCACAAUAUAAGGAGAUCGCAAAGCUGAAUGUGGCAGGUGAACUGUGUAGGCUGAGCACUAUUCUCUACAUCCACCAAAAUACCUUCUUUUUCAUCUUCCUGAAGUGCUUUAGUUCAGCUACGUGUAUUCCGGUAUUUGUGCAGGUAAGCUGUCCCAGAAAAUUCACUGUUACAUCUGUACUGUAGCUCAGCCAAGCUGAGUCAGAGCAAUAUUUCUUUUCCACGUUUCAAAAUACAGUUGUACCUCGGGUUACAUACGCGUCAGGUUACAUACGCUUCAGGUUACAGCCUCCGCUAACCCAGAAAUAUUACCUUGGGUUAAGAACUUUGCUUUACGAUGAGAACAGAAAUCGUGCUCCAGCGGGGCGGUGGCAGCAGGUGGCCCCAUUAGCCAAAGUGGUGCUUCAGGUUAAGAACAGUUUCAGGUUAAGAAUGGACCUCCGGAACGAAUUAAGUUCUUAACCCGAGGUACCACUGUAUUGCCUCUACACUAAGAGUCCAUAUUGCAAUAUAUUCAUUAUGUAGGAGGUCACAUUCACAAUGUAAAGUUACAGUCGUACCCUGGUUUUCGAACAGCUUAGUCCUCAAACGUUUUGGCUCCUGAACGUCGCAAACCCAGAAGUGACUGUUCCAGUUUGUGAACUAUUUUUGGAAGCCGAAGGUCCAACGGGGCUUCCACAGCUUCCGAUUGGCUGCAGGAGCUUCCUGCAGCCAAUCAGAAGCCGCGCUUUGGUUUCCGAACAUUUUGGAAGUCGAACAGACUUCUGGAAUGGAUUCCAUUUGACUUCCAAGGUACAACUGUACUAGGUAGCAUAGUCCAGGGUUCAAAUCUCCCAUUGUUCCAGGCGCAUUUUGCGACAAUGAAAUUCAUUAGUGCAAGCAGUUUCUGAGCUCUGGGCACAGUACUGUGACAAAGAUUUCAGACUAAAGCUGCAGAGUAGAAGGAAAGGAGGACCUUUUUUUGCCUCCCCACUUCCAGCUACGCUCUCAAGACUGGAGAAGAGGCCUUCUUAAGAAUAUUAGGGGGGUGGGCAGGGGAAGGACUAGACCAUGUGAAAAGUGAACAUAAUAUUUUAGCUGCAGCUCAUUCAUUUUCAGCUUUGUAUUCUUGUUAUAAAAAAGUGCACCUAGACAUUUUGUUGUUGCGCCCAUAACCUAGGUUUAAGGUGCCAUUUAGCUCCUGGCUUCCAUAUCUCAGUUUCUAACACUGGUGCAGUCAUCUUAGAGGUGCUGUGUAACUGCCGUGACCCAUAAAUACCAGCUGAGAUGCAUCGCAGCUAGUUUUGAGGCUGGUGGAUAAGGCUGUUGUUGGAAGAAUAUAUUUCUGGAGAGUGUGCUGAAUUCUGACUCACCUUCUGGUUUUUCUGUCCUAGAGAUCUUCCCAGUUGGUUUGGCAUCACGUGCUACAGCUUGGGCAGCGGUAUGUCCUCACUGCUCUUAAAACAGCUUGCCUUAAAGCUUCUGGAUUGAGGGUAUUCAUCACCAGCUCCUCCUCACACCUUCUACCUUACUGUACGGAACGAGUGAAGGAGCAAUCUUUGGACAGUACUUCAGAAGGAAGUCCAACUGUGUCUGUUUCCACCAAGGCCUGUGAGCAGCUGAGCAGCUCUUUGGAGUUGGAGGAGGAAGCAAAGACGGUGGUUCCAGCUCGGAAGUCCCAGAUGAUCUCCUAUGCAGUAAGCAAGCAGUAUCUCCUGCACAGAGAGAACCUCACCCUGAAAUUGUUCCUCUACCAUGGGAUUCAAGAAGGUGUCUUUGGAUUUCUCCAGAACAGGGCACAUCGUUAGUAAUGUUUCCUUUCUCUGUUCCUUUUCCAGGGCACUAUCACCCAGGUACUAAAUGCCCAAGCUGGGCUCUAUGAACUGGACAACAAGUUCACUCUGUGCCUUGCUUAUCAGCAGAUGUUGAAUUAUGGCCGUGGGCUCCGACCAGGAGCAGGUGUAGAGGUGAGACUAAGGUCCUAGAGUUGGCGCUUUAAGAAGAAGUAGGGUUGGGUGACAUCACCUAGAGCAGUGUUUCCCAACCUUGGGUCUCCAGCGGUUUUCGGACUACAAUUCCCAUCAUCCCUGACCACUGGUCUUGCUAGCUAGGGAUGAUGGGAGUUGUAGUCCAAAAACAGUUGAAGACCCAAGGUUGGGAAACACUGACUUGGAGACAUCACCUUGACAACAAAGGUCCGUAUAGUUAAAGCUAUGGUUUUCCCAGUAGUGAUGUAUGGAAGUGAGAGCUGGACCAUAAAGAAGGCUGAUCGCCGAAGAAUUGAUGCUUUUGAAUUCUGGUGCUGGAGGAGACUCUUGAGAGUUCCAUGGACUGCAAGAAGAUCCAACCUCUCCGUUCUGAAGGAAAUCAGCCCUAAGUGCUCACUGGAAGGACAGAUCCUGAAGCUGGGGCUCCAAGACUUUGGCCACCUCAUGAGAAGUGAAGACUUCCUGGAAAAGACCCUGAUGUUGGGAAAGAUGGAGGGCACAAGGAGAAGGGGACGACAGAGGACGAGAUGGUUGGACAGUGUUCUCGAAGCCACCAGCAUGAGUUUGACCAAACUGCGGGAGGCAGUGGAAGACAGGAGUGCCUGGCGUGCUCUGGUCCAGGGGGUCACGAAGAGUCAGACACGACUAAAUGACUAAACAACAAGGGUUGGGUGAUAUCUGGUUUUCAACAUCAUGAAUAUAUCACAGCUAAAUACUACGAUAUGCUGAUAUAUCGCAAUGUCUGACUCUGGCAUAUAUCUCAACUGCUUCUUCCUCCCAACCUUAGAAAAGGAAAAAGCAGCUGAGACACAUCGCUCAACCCUGCUGCGCAAGCCCCCAUGCUGCUCUAGCUCACAUGAGCUGGGAAGGGACCAGGGCUUUGUUGAACUCAGCUGGGGGUGGGAAGCAAGCCCCUAUGCUGCUGGGGCUCACACGAGCCAAAGGGGCAGGGAGCAAGAUUUUAAGCAAUCUUGCUUAAAAUGUAUAUAGGAAGUGCAGUGUAAGUGAUGGAAGUCAAUGAAAUUGUAUUAAUAUUUUCAUAUUGAGAUAUUUGUAGAAUAAAUUAGGAAGAAAUUCUUCCAACUUUUUUUCUUCUUCUUUUUUCCUCUUUUGUUCCUUUUUCAUGUAUACAGUGGUACCUCGGGUUAAGUACUUUAUUCGUUCCGGAGGUCCAUACUUAACCUGAAACUGUUCUUAACCUGAAGCACCACUUUAGCUAAUGGGGCCUCCUGCUGCUGCUGCCCGAUUCUUGUUCUCAUCCUGAAGCAAAGUUCUUAACCUGAGGUACUAUUUCUGGGUUAGCGGAGUCUGUAACCUGAAGCAUAUGUAACCCGAGGUACCACUGUAUGUGCUUAUUUGAAGUGUAUAUGUGUGUAUUUGCAUUUGCAUUUGUUUUGCUUAUAUUUUGUAACAAUUCUGUUAAAUAAAAUUUAUUUAUAAAAAAACCAAAAACAAAGGGGCAGGGAGCUUCCUCAAAGGCGCUGACAGGAACAUUCUUAGGCUCCGCCUGCCUGUCUGCGCUGUUGCUCUCUGCAGGCAAUUUGAGCCUUCUCAAAUUGUCUGAAACCGGUAUCAUGGGCUGAAAGCCAUACAAGUUUCAGACAAUUUAUAAAUAUAUCGCCCAGCUCUAAUGAUGGAGUCUGGCCUAGCCAUUGCCCACCCCUCAAAGGCAGCACAGCCAAGAGCAAGAACCAAGAGCUGCCAGAGCCCGAUUUCUGUUCUCAUCCUGAAGCAAAGUUCUUAACCUGAGGUACUAUUUCUGGGUUAGUGGAGUCUGUAACCUGAAGCGUAUGUAACCCGAGGUACCACUGUAAUGUUUGACUGGUGGGAUAUUGGGUGAAAUCAUUUGGUCUUUUUUAUGGAAACUGCAGUACAGUGGUACCUCGGGUUACAGACGCUUCAGGUUACAGACUCCGCUAACCCAGAAAUAGUGCUUCAGGUUAAGAACUUUGCUUCAGGAUGAGAACAGAAAUCGUGCAGUGGGAGGCCCCAUUAGCUAAAGUGGUGCUUCAGGUUAAGAACAGUUUCAGGUUAAGAACGGACCUCCAGAACGAAUUAAGUACUUAACCCGAGGUACCACUGUAGCUUUCAGAACUCACUGUUUCCUUGAUGCUGAUCUGUCCGCUUGUCUUACAGCUCCAAGACGUCCACCUUGUGCAGAAGCCCUUGGCUGCCUCGCCUUCCGUCCUUGGAGCUUGCCUGCGCAGCGUGGUUGUGCUGAAGAGCUUUUCGCCGUGCAGCACGUUAUACCAGCCUGUAGCCUUAUUUGGGAAUUUUUAUAUUCAGCUGCUUUUGCGUUUCAAUUUGAGCCUGCCGCUCUAUAUCUGGCUGGUCAGCUUGCUAGAGACCUUUGAGCAGAGGUGAGUGAAGUGUAGGUGGGUCCCCACCAGGCAAGACGCAGCGAUCACAGCAAGAACCUUUUUUGAACUACAUCACUGGGAAACGGGCAAAGCAACUGUUUAUAUACAUUCACGGUGUGUCAAGUGUGGAGAAAAUUUCCAGAAUGGUAGGCAUUAAACAGCAAAUAAUUCUUGCCCUUUUAUGCCUUGUGGACCCAGAGCAUUAGCACAAAAUCCCAUUGAUGCCAGUAUUUGUGCUGUAAAAAACUUAGAUGUAGGCAUUUGGGUGAUGACAAGACUCCUUCAUUUUCUUCCUGUAAAAUAUUUUGUGUGUGUGUGUGUGUGUGUGUGUGAGAGAGAGAGAGAGAGAGAGAGAGAGAGAGGUGUGCACAGUCCACAAGAUUUGAUUUGCAUCUGCAGCUUUGGGAAGCAGCCUGAGACAUUUCAGAGCUGUCCUGUUCCUUUUCAAUUCCAUGUAUUAUUCUGGACCAAAUUAGAUCGUUUUAAAAAUAAGUUGUAUUUGCCUCUCACUGUCUUAAAAGCUUAUAACAGAUUAAAACUCUGACCCAACCCCUGGUAAUUUUACAUACUGUAGAAGAUGGCAGUUAAUAACAUAGUAAUGAAGAACUUGAGACCAAAGUGGGAGGGUAACAAAGGACUUCGAUCACAGAAGGUAUAAAAUGUCCCAUUGUGUGGGAAUAUCUUAGACUGACCUUUUCUUGGAUGUGUACAUUCACAUCCCAUAUCCUUUUCCCUUACUGUUGUCUCGGCUUGUUCUGUGCUUCCUUCCUACUAUCUCCACCUGUUGUUUGCAUUUCCCCCUUCCUGGAGUUUUUAUUUGAGGGUUGCUUGAACCUGGCAGGCGCUAAUGCAUCCAUAAUUCCUCCUAGGUUUUGUAUCCUUCCGCACCAGCAGUCCUUGCACUGCCUUACCCACCAAGCCCAGGCAGCAGCAGAGAAGUUUAUUGUUCCUAUUCUGAAUGUUCUGGUGCCGCUCGGAAAAGAAGAGAGAAAUAUCCAUCAAGAGAUUCUGGCGGAAGAGCACCACUGCCCCCUGCAGCAGGUAACUCUACUCCUGACUGUGCAGGGACGCGGGUGGUGCUGUGAUCUAAACCACUGGGCCUCUUGGGCUUGCCAAUCGGAAGGUCGGUGGUUCGAAUCCCCGUGACAGAGUGAGCAUCACACCCCAUGGUCUAAUUCUUCUGGACUUAACUGUCCAGGGGUCCUUUACCUUUAGCUCCAUGAAUGGAGGACUUGCUAGUAAUGUUGAGAGGAUGUCUAAACCGAUCGGAAGGUCAGCGGUUCGAAUCCCCGCAACGGAGCGAGCUUCCGUUGCUCUGUCCCAGCUCCUGCCAACCUAGCAGUUUGAAAGCACGCCAGUGCAAGUAGAUAGAUAGGUACCGCUCUGGCGGGAAGGUAAACAGUGUUUCUGUGCGCUCUGGUUUCCGUCACGGUGUCCCGUUGCACCAGAAGCGGUUUAGUCCUGCUGGCCACAUGACCCGGAAAGCUGUCUGUGGACAAAUGCCGGCUCCCUUGGCCUGAAAGCGAGAUGAGCGCCACAACCCCAUAGUCCCCUUUGACUGGACUUAACCGUCCAGGGGUCCUUUACCUUUUCUUUCUCCUGAUUGUAGCCCCGAGUGCUUCCGUCUCUUCCUGGAGAUAGAGGAUAAUUUGACGCUCUCAAUCCUUUCCUAGUAUCAGAUUUUGGAGCCGCCAUGUCAGAUUCCGCCUUUCUCUCUGCUGUCUGCCAUGGCUGAGAAGAAGGGCUGGGAAAGCCUCAGUCCCCUGCAACAACUGAACUCAGCCCCCGAGCUCUGCAACGUAAUCGCCGAGGAGCUGAAUCGCAGAUUGGCCUGGUCCUACUCCAGUUUCUCUGCUGAGAGCUUUCAGCCUCGGAUGGUAAGUGCUAAAUUCAGCAUCCUAAAAGCAGCAACGUUCCUGAACUUGCUGGGGGUUGAACUGGAUGACCCUCUGUCAGGGACCGUGCUGAGGAAGGCUGCACUGAGGAGAAAUGGUGGGAGCCAUCCCCUCCCUCUGCUCCUGAAUCUUCCCAGGAGCAGGAGGACAAUAUAGAUUUGGAACAGUGGUUUGCAGAGGGGCUUAGUUCAGACGGCGGAAGUUGGGAAUAACUGGAUGGGGAGCGGCUAGGAGAAGAAACACUGGAAGGAGCGUCUCCACCCCCAUCGUUCUACCCAGACACAGGUCCAGUGCCGAGGGCCUUCUGGUGGUUCCCUCACUGCAAGAAGCCAGUUACAGGGAACCAGGCAGAGGGCCUUCUCGGUAGUGGCGCCUGCCCUGUGGAACACCCUCCCACCAGAUGUCAAGGAGAUAAACAACUACCAGACUUUUAGAAGACAUCUGAAGGCAACCCUGUUUAGGGAAGCUUUUAAUGUUUAAUGUAUUAUGGUAUUUUAAUAUUUUGUUGGAAGCCGCCUAGAGUGGCUGGGGAAGCCCAGCCAGAUGGGCGGGGUAUAAAUGAUAAAUAAUAAUAAUAAUUAUUAAAAGAGGGGUUUACAGAUUUAUAGUCGUUGGACAGUAUUCCUCCAGCACCCUCCCCCAGGUUGAGAAGAGCUCAGAAACUCUCAGAACAGAAAGCGCAGAGGGUACAAGCUCAGAUUACAAGAUGUAGGAGUGACGUAGAUCAAUAGAGACGGAAGGGGUGUAAGCCUUAAUUGGGAGCACCACCAUUCUGGGUAGAUGCUUUCUUUUGUCCUUUGCUGUGUUUAUUAAAGAGACUAACUGGUAAUAAUUCCCUUUCAUUUGAUCUGCUCACUAACAGCCAUGGGGGAGGAAGCCAAUUCCCUGAAGCGUGACACCCUCAGGGGUCCCUUCCAACUCUACAAUCUGCAAUCCUGUGAUUUUAAGGGCUUUGCACACUCCCAUCGUGUUAUACAAAUGCUUAUUAUUUCAUUACAAAGAGAUCCCUGGAAAAUGUGUGGGAGUAGCAUCAUUUAAUCAUUAUGACUCGUCCGUGUUCUUUACCCUUUCCUUUCCUUUUCUCUUUUUUGGGUGGGUAGGUGUUGCUUGGGUGGCUGGACUCUUCCAGCAGUGGCUCCCUCAAGUUACAAGACAGAAGCAAAGCAGUCCCUUGUAUAAUAUUCCACAAAGAUGGCCGGCCAUUUGCUGAUACGUCUUUAGUAGGUGUGUCCAUCCUAUAUUGAUUCUGUGAUUUGAGUGCUCUUAAAAACCAACAAUAUGAUGCUGGCUCUUAGGACUUAGAAAAUUAUUACACAGCUUUGAUUUUAAGAGGAUAGCUUUCUUCAAAAGAAACCAUUGUAUUGGACCUUUAAACAAAAACCCUGGGAAGAUAGAUUAGCACAUAGUAAGAACAUAGUAUAGUAUUCUAAACAAAUUUCCAAAAUACAAUACUAAGACAGCUUUUACAUUUGAACAAAAUUGCCAAAAUAGAUUGUUACACAUCACGAUAAAAAGGUCUGACACCUGACAAGGAAACCAAAUAGCCUGUUCUUAGCCAUGCAAUCUUCAUCAACCAAGUCAAGAAAAUGCAUUUUUUUUAAACCAGCUUUGUAUAAAUUAAGAAGCACGGAAACAAAUAUUUGCAAUUCCUCAGACUUCAGAAAGGGGUGAAAUAAUGUUGCCUUUAAUUCUAAAAGGGCUCUUGAUUAUCUGUGGUUUAAUCUUGCUUUGGGUUCUAUAUCUGGAGAAGGCCUGAGCAACAUUAGGGACAAACAUAUUGUAACUUGUAACUAGCCUUUAUUGGCAUACGUUAAAACAGUAAAAUCAUAAAAUCAUACAAAGUCAUCCAAAUAGAUUGAUAAUCCAAGCACAUACAGUAUAUAAAAGACUAAAUAACCACCACUGAAUAAAUCAGGUAACUUUAGAUUUAGCUUUAAAGAUCUCGGCUAAGUACCCUGAAACAAUCUUGGUAGUUUUGGGAGUAUCAUCCCUCACCAAAUAUUGGAGUGUAAGUUGAUAUUUUCAGUUGUAAGGGAGUCGCCAGGAGAACUCUGCAAUGUAUAACCUGCUGCUGCUGUGGUUUGUGGGGCAGCGGGAAAAGGGGCUUUCCAAUUCUUGCUAAAUUUCUGAUGCUGCUGAGGGCUCUAGCUUGGAGAAAGAUCUUAUUUUAUCUUGCCCUCCAGCCUGCCUGCCCCUUCCCAUACAGUGGCACCUCGGGUUACAUACGCUUCAGGUUACAGACUCCGCCAACCCAGAAAUAGUACCUCGGGUUAAGAACUUUGCUUCAGGAUAAGAACAGAAAUCGUGCAGCAGCAGGAGGCCCCAUUAGCUAAAGUGGUGCUUCAGGUUAAGAACGGACCUCCGGUUUCAGGUUUCAGGUUAAGAACGGACCUCCGGAACGAAUGAAGUACUUAACCCGAGGUACCACUAUAAUUGGAGUCCCCCUCAUCCCUAUUUUACCUUCAUAAACAGAUUGCUAACUUUGUCUCAAGUGACUACAGAUGGAAAUGCCCUGGUGUCCGGACUACUUUGUGCUCAAAGGCGGAUUCUCAAAGCUAAGCCAGAUUUCUCAGUCUCUGCCCCUGGAAUGUACUGGGUCAGAUAAGGAUGAGUUUGUGUUUUGAGAAGAAGAGAUUUGGCACAGAGAGUAGAAUGACUUGCUUUAGAUUUGAGGACCAAGCCUUCGGCAAGCACCUCCAUCUGCUUCACAGUUAAGACUUUUUAUUUAGCCAGCUUUGCUUAACUGUUGGUGUGGUGUCUAUUUCUGUUGUUCUUGUUUGUUUACUGCAGGGUGCCUCCUGCAGGUAGAAAUAUUUCAGUUUGUAAUCGAGCAAUUCCUUCGAAGUGAUUUCCCUUCCUGGCAGCAGCUGGGGUCACAAGAGCACAUAAAGGAGAAGAAAACAAGGCAAGUCUCCACAAGCUGGUCUCCGACCGUAAUAAUAAAUAAAUAAAUAAAUAAAUAAAUAAAGUUUUUAUUUAUACCCCGCCUUCCCCAGCCAAGGCCGGGCUCAGGGCGGCUAACAAGAAAUAAUAAUAACAAGUUGAAUCAAUACAACUUAAGAACAAGAUUAAAAUACAACAUUAAAAUACUGAAACAUUAAAAUAUUAGCCCAAAUGCAUAGGGGAGGGGAGGAAAUAGUCUAGACUAGACUCCCCCAAAUAUAUGGGAAGGGAAAGGGGGGCAAAGCUAAUAAUUAUUAUUAUUAAGGCAAGUCUCCCCCUUUCUCUGAGCCCCCGAAAGAUUGAGACCAUGGCAGGGCCUCAGAGUGGUACAAAGCACACAGGUGGAAGGUUCUAAUAUAGAAGGUUCUCCUCAAGCGGUGGAGGAGGAAGAAGAGAAGAAGAGUUUGGAUUUGAUAUCCCGCUUUAUCAUUGCCCUAAGGAGUCUCCAAGCGGCGAACAUUCUCCUUUCCCUUCCUCCCCCACAACAAACACUCUGUGGGGUGAGUGAGUAACUCAGUAAACCUUCUGCUUCCCCCAAGGCUGUGGAUAGCCCUUUUCUCAUGCACGGAUAGUGUUAGGAUUCUGCCAGUGGCUCCUGGCUGGUUGCCCAGAAAGUAUAAAGACAAGGAAGGUUUCUUACCAUCUUUUUUUAAUUCAGUAACUAGAGAGAGAAGCUAUAGAACCCAGCCUCUUGGAUAAUGGCAUUAUCCCGAGUGAAUCUCCACCCCCCCCAUCUCUCCCACUUCCCCAUUCAUCACUUCUACGGGAGCUGCUAUGUGUCCUCUUUCUUUGAGCUCCUUGCUCUCCUACUUUCAAGGCUUGCUGGGUUUUGGGAGAUGGAGGGUCUGGAAUACUUUCUAAAGACACAGUGUCCUUCGGCUGUCGCCCCUCUGCGGCUUCCUCCUCCUCCUUUCCCAUUAUUUCCCAACUUUCCCCCUCAUCUGCCUCUGAGCUGUGACCUCCCGUAAACCCCUGUUGUAAAUCUAAACUGUCUUCCACUUCCUCCUCCCUGGAAGGGUCAGGGAGGGGACGUAGUCUCUACCAUUCCUCCUCUGCCCCUGACAGAUACAGUGGUUCCUUGGCUUUCAAACAGAAUUCAUUCUGGGAGUCCAUUCGAUUCCCGGAACUGUUCAAAAACCAAAGCGUAGCUUCUGGUUUUCUGUAGGAGUGUCCUGCAGCCAAUCGGAAGUUGCGCCGGACGUUUGGCUUCCGAAAAUCAUUCAGAAACUGGAGCACUAACUUCCAGCUUUUGAUCGUUCAGGAGCCGAUUUGUUCAGGAGCCAAGCCAUUCAGCUUCCGAGGUACGACUGUAGUGUCCUUUUGGUAAAUAAUGGCACAGUCUUGGAGUUUGCUGCUCUUCUGCCCAUAGGGCAUUUAUAGCAGCUUCACAGCAUAAGAAAUGCAAACAAAGAAAAAAUUACCUCCUGGGAAGUGGGCAUAUACUCACAGCUAUGUUUACAGUGGUACCUUGGUUCUCAAACGCCUUGGUACUCAAACAACUUGGAACCCAAACACUGCAAACCCAGAAGUAAGUGUUCCGGUUUGCGAACCUUUUUCGGAAGCAGAACGUGCUCCGUUUUGAGAGUUAUACUUCCUUUUUGAGUGCCACACUUCCAUUUUGAGUGUUACGAUGAGGUCUGUCUGUUUUUGCUAUUUAUGUUGGGGUUUUUUGUUUUUGUGGCUCUUUUUGUUUCAUUUUUGUGACUGUGUGGAACCCAGUUCAGCUACUAAAUGAUUGAUUGUGUGACUGCAGUACAUUGUUUAUUGCUGUCAUUUUAUGGAUCCAUGGUCUCGUUAGAUAGUGAACUUCAUGUUAAAUUGCUGUUUUUAAAAAUCUGGAACAGAUUAAGCAAUUUUGCAUUACUUUCUAUGGGAAAGCGCACCUUGGUUUUGGAACGCUUUGGUUUUGGAACAGACUUCUGGAAUGGAUUAAGUUUGAAAACCAAGGUCCCAUUGUAUUUAUUUUUGUAAAUAAUGGGCUUGAGCUGUACUCACCCCUCUUCUCUGCUCUCCUCCAAGGCCUUGCGUACAGUUUUGUUUUGAGGAUGUGGAGAUCCUUUAUACUCCCGAAAAGAGAGCCUCCGAGGGUCGCCGAGUGAAUGAAAGGACCUCUUCUCACGCAGAAGGCGAUGGCUCCAAAGCCGCUGAGCCAAGAUCGCAAGAGGGGAGAAUAUCCGGCGCAGGAAGGGCAGAGUCGGGCGCCAGCACCGCAGAGCCUUCCCAGGGCAGUGCUGUGGAAGCGGCCUGCGUGUCCCGCCUGUUCCUCGUGACGCAGAAAGAGGGGCUCGUCUGGCGCAACUAUCUGCCGACUUCCGGAGACGGGGGCAAAGGCGGCCGCUCAGCGCAACUCUGCUUUCAAGCCACAGUGGUAUGGAUGGGCAGCCCUGAACUGUGCAAGAAUCUUGGAGAAACCGGGUGCCGGCAAGAGUUUACCACUUUCGCUCUGCAAGAGACCAGUGAAGCCCAGCAGAAAGUAAGACAGGCGAGGGGGCAAGGGAUGUUUUCAGAAUCCUCUCCGGGGUUGGAGUGGAGGUAGCUGGGUUGACUUUUGAAAUAAGUGCUGCUUCCUGCAUUGUUCCUCUACUGAUGUAUAUUGCAUUUCCAGCGUUCUGCAGCUGGUUUUACCGUAUUUUUCGCUCCAUAAGACACACUUUUUCCCUCCUAAAAUGCAAGGGAAAAUGUGUGUGUGUCCUAUGGAGCGAAUGCAGGGGGGAGGCAGGCGGGAAAAGCUCCCAAGAGCGCUCUUGCGGGCUUUUCCACAGGAGGGAGAAGGGACUGACUGGCUGCAUCAGUCCCUUCUCCCACCUCCCAGAAAAGCCAGGAGAAGCCGCGCGGCCCCUUUAAAGAGCACACGGCUUUCGCUGAAGCCUGGAGAGCGAGAGGCGUCGGUGCGCACUGACCCCUCUCGCUCUCCAGGAUUCAGGGAUAGCCCCGCGCAGCCCCUCUGGCAGGGAGAGGCUGCACGGGGCUAUGGCUAUUAGCCCCUCUCCCACUCGCUGCCUUGGCUUGUGCCAUAGCCGUGCGCAACCCCUCCGGAAGGGAGACGUUGCGCAGCCUGUACGCUGCUCUUUGGGGUGGGGGGGGGGGGAAAUAAGAUUUUUUUUCUUGAUUUCCCCCCCUAAAAACUAGGUGCGUCCUAUGGUCCGGUGCGCCCUAUGGAGCGAAAAAUACAGUAAUUCUCAUGUUCUCUCAAAUGAUCACCUGUGCUGCAGGGAAGCCAAUUCUGUUGCUUCUUAAUGUGUUUUGCCUUUACAUUUAAAAUUGGCUUUCUUCUCUUACCGGCCUCUCUUUUUUUCCUUUAUUAAAAAAUUCCCUCACUUCAGCUGUUGCUCCUGUUCCUGAGGAAAUCGCUCCGGUGGUUUCCCUUCCUGCACCCGGAUCACCUGUACCAGCUCACCAUCCCCCAGUGCACGGUAAGGAAGAAAAACGGCUCCGGCUCCAACCCAUUCCUGGAAACCUCACAAGAGACCUCCCAGUCAUUUCUGGGGUUCUUUGAUUUCCUGUGAUCAAAAUGCUUGUCCUUUGCUGGAGGCUUGUUUAUGCUGCAACAAUCUGGCGUCUCUUCCUUGUUUGCUCUGCUAAAUUGUCAGUCUGUAGUUCAUAGAUUUGCUCUUGUUUGUGACCCUGUUCUUUCUGAGUCAGUAUUUACCUGUGCCUUAACAGAAACACUUUCACUUGAUUUGCUACUUUCCCCAAAGGAUCUAUUACCUUUUCUUGUCCAUUCUUCACAUACUUCUAGGCUUGGGGACGGAUGUGGGUCUCCUCUCCCCUCUACCCAGAGGAUAUAACUGAUUGGGUGGCAUAUAAAUGCCAAGUUCAUGUUCCUGCAUUGCAGGGGGUUGGAAUAUAGGACCUUUAGGGGUCCUUCCAACUACCAGUACAGUGGUACCUCUGGUUAUGUACUUAAUUCGUUCUGGAGGUCCGUUCUUAACCUGAACCUGUUCUUAACCUGAGGACCACUUUAGCUAAUGGGGCCUCCUGCUGCUGCCACGCCACCGGAACACGAUUUCUGUUCUCAUCCUGAAGCAAAGUUCUUAACCCGAGGUAAUAUUUCUGGGUUAGCGGAGUCUGUAACCUGAAGUGUAUGUAACCUGAAGCGUAUGUAACCCAGGGUACCACUGUACAGUCAUACCUCGGGUUACAGCUGCUUCAGGUUGCAUUUUUUCAGGUUACGGACGGCUGAAACCCAAAGUACCGGAACGGGUUACUUCUGGGUUUCAGCGGUUGCGCAUGUGCAGAAGCGCUAAAUUGCACUUUGCGCAUGCACAGAAGUGCCGAAUCGCAACCCAUGCGUGCCCAGACGCGGGUUGCGAACGCUGUGGGUUGCGAAUGUGCCUCCCGCACGGAUCACGUUCGCAACCCGAUCGUCCACUGUAUUCUGUUGCACAAUAUUUUUCUAUUCUGUACCACAUCCAGUGCUUUUUUUAGGUAAAAGUGCCAUGGCUGUCGGCAUAAAAUGGCUGCCAUGUGCCUCAAGAAAAAGAGGUGACAGUUCUCUUUAGUGAGUACUGUCACAGCAAGAAAAGCUCUGAGUGACUGUAUCUUUGGUGCUAUUGCUUUUGCAGGACUUGGGUGUCUUUGAUCAACUGUGCUGCUCACCAGCACAAGGAAACCUGAAUCCGCUGAGACGUUCCUUGUUUCUCCCUGUUCCAGAUGGAGCCCUCCUGCACCAUGUGGGCUGUAUUUCUCAGGUAGGCCUGUGUGUGUUGCCUCGCUGUGAGAAGUGAAGUAACAGGGAACCAAGCGGAAGGCCUUCAUGGUAAUUGCCUUGUGGAACACCCUCCCACCAGAUGUCAAGGAGAUAAAGAACUAUGCAACUUCUAGAAGACAUCUGAAGGCAACCGUGUGUCAGGAAGUUUUAAGUGUUUGACAUUGCAUUGUGUUUUUAUAAAAGAAUGUUGUUUUUCAGCUGGUUUCGACAGUGCCGCAGAUGGAUCGAAAGCUGUUUUCCAUUGCGGAGAUUCUCAGCUCCAGGUAAUCUAGCCUUCCCUCUGUUCCUAUUUGCGUGGCGAGUUCCCGCCCCCCCACCAGGAUAAAUAAAGACACCAGAGGGCUAGCCGGCAGAGAGAGGGCGAGCCCCCUCCGUGCCGGCCCUAAAUAGCCCAGGCCACGCCCCCCCAGCCAGCUGAUUGGCUGGCUGGGGGGGCACACCCGGCCGGGAUUCCCCUGUUCUCGCGGGGGCUGAAACCAGCCCCCGCUCACGUGGGGUGGGCGUGAAGCCCGCAACCCCACCUCCUGGGCAAGCCGGAAGUGGCUUUACCAAAGCUGAUAAAAGAAUCUGUGGGGAAACAUUAAAAAAAAAAAAGAUUCGCAGGGAACAACACGGCCCAGUCAACUAGUUCCUGCAAUGGGGAAUUUUUGUAUUGCUGCUGACUCUCCGCUAAAAAGAAAAUGUAAUGAUAUUCUGGCUUUUAAUGCCAACAUCUUUGGCUGUGGAUAUGAGAGAAGCUGUUUUUUGAGUACCAGUGCCUUGUAUUGAGAUGCGAGAGAGAGCUAGCUGAGGACAUGAGGUGCACACAGACCUCGUCUUAAUCUGAAGAGUAAUUUGCAUGCGCAUGGGCAGGAGGAUCAGGGAAGUGGCGCUCUCUUGAGCUCCAUACACGAGUGCCGCCUCCGUAAUGUAUGGAUUAAUGUAUGGAUGCUUUUAAACAAGACCAAAAGGGAUCAUGGUAAGAUUAAGCUCCAGAGAUGCCAGUUAACACACACGUUGCUUGAUAUUCACCAUGCGGCUGUGUCAUGUUGUGAUAGGAAUUUUGAGGUCUUAAUAUGGUAAUGUUCAUAAGCGUACUAACCAAGCACAUACAUAGAUCAGCACAGGAAGACCGACCUGGAACCAUUUUGAUUCCUAAACUGAGCAAAUGUUUUCUCUGCAAGGUCAAAGUGGGAAACCUCCCCAUUGUCUCUUUCCUCACAAAUCCUGUCUUAAGGGCACAUUUAAGAUAUGAAUAGGGUGUGAGCUGUGACCUGGCCCAGGGGCUAAGUAUUUAUCAUUACAAAAGACUGGCCAGGCUCCCCAGGAAAUCCAGUCAAGUAACCUGCCAGACAGGAGAUAAACAAUGACAGGAGAAAAACAACAUUCAAAUUUCUGUUUAGACCACCUUUUUUGUGAUGUAGGUAUGAUGUAUCUGAGGGGUGGUCUUAGGUUACACCCCUUCUGUGAUGUAUGUAUGCUGUUUCUGGGGGUGGUCUUGAUCUACAGGGUGGCAAUUUCAAAAGUCUUUAUAAGGCCUUGCACGCCAUUUUUCUGGGUCCCUCCUCUCUCCUGCGGGUGAGGGGAGCACCCUGUUGCAACAGAUCACAAAGAUCAAGCUUACGAGCUGCUUUGCUUCUCAAUAUUCUCUGGUUGGCCUCUGUUAUCUUCUCCUACCAAUAGGGAACCUAUGUAAGGACUCUAUAUGGGCUCUUGGAUAUCCCAUAAGGGAAAAGGGCAAUUUUUGUUUACAACAAUGUCCUGACCCCUUCAAUCCCAUACCUCUGCCACACACCUUUGCUUGAAUCUGCACCUCUUCUGCCUUCAGGUUCAUGUCUGGAAAUUGUUCCUUUGGAACUGGGAAGUUUCCACAGUGAUGAUGCUAUUAGGGAAGUGGUUACUGACUCAGCCUGCGCUGUUUUUUUGUGUGUGGGAUGAGGAAUAUCUGAUGCUUAGCUCCAUCUGCUGCAAUCUCUGUCUUCUCCCUGGAUGUUAAUGAAGGGUACAGUUUGGCAGUCCUUGCCUUUGUCUUGUGCCCGUCUGUCAGUUGCCUCCUUUCGUCGGCCUUUGCCUUCAGAUUUAUUCCUCUUUCUUCUCUUGUCAAAGAACUUGCCCUUCUAAUGGCGUUGAUUUGCUGCCUCUAGUUUUGCUUCCGUUUUCCCCGCCCCAGUUUUGACCAUAGAUGUACCAAGUAGAUACCACUUCGGUGUUUGCUACCCUGGACUACUUUGGGAAGAAAGGCAGGAUAGGAAUUUAAUCAAUAAAUCCUGCUCUUGCUCAACAUGAUGCCCCCUCAGGAGCCAUAAUUUUUUCCCGUUGAAGCAUCUCUCCUAUUGAGACAUGCUGACACUCCAGGUGCUUUAAUAAUAAUAAUAAUAAUAAUAAUAAUAAUUUAUUCCCCGCCCAUCUGUGGCUGAGUUUCCCCAGCCACUCUAGGUGGCUCCCAACAGAAUAUUAAAAACAAGAUAAAACAUUAAACAUUAAAAACUUCCCUAAACAGGGCUGCCUUCAGAUGUCUUCUAAAAGUCAGAUACCGUAUUUUUCACCCUAUAGGACGCACCGUCCCAUAAGGCGCACCUAGUUUUUUGGGGGGGAAAUAAAGGGAAAAAAAUUAUUUCCCCUCCAGGCGUGGGGCUGGGGCGGGGUAAGCCUGAGCUUCCCCCGUCCCAGCCCCCCCAAACAGGCAGCUCUCUGCAAGCCGUGGGAGUCCAGCGCUGGCUCCCGCUGCUUGCUGAGAGGUCCGCGAAGCCUGGACGCGCUGAGCUCGGCGCGCGCAGGCUUCAGCAUGCAGGCAACUCUCCGCAAGCAGUGGGAGCGCUCACGCUGCUUGCGAAGAGGUCAGCGAAGCCUGGAGAGCAGAGGGGUCGGUGCGCACCGACCCCUCUCGCUCUCCAGGCUUCAGCGAAAGCCUGCAUUCGCCCCAGAGGACGCACACACAUUUCCCCUUCAUUUUUGGAGGGGAAAAAGUGCGUCCUAUAGGGCGAAAAAUACGGUAGUUGUUUAUUGCUUUGACAUCUGCUGGGAGGGCGUUCCACAGGGCAGGCGCCACCACCGAGAAGGCCCUCUGCCUGGUUCCCUGUAACCUCACUUCUCGCAGUAAGGGAACCGCCAGAAGGCCCUCAGCGCUGGACCUCAGUGUCUGGGCUGAACAAUGUGGGUGGAGACGCUCCUUCAGGUAUACUGGGCCGAGGCCCUUUAGGGCUUGAAAGGUCAGCACCAACACUCGGAAACGUACUGGGAGUCAAAGUAGGUCUUUCAGGACCAAUGUUCUAUGGUCACUUUAAGAGUACAAACAUAUUGGGUUGAGAAUCUGGCCGUUCCCAGAGAUGGAAAGAAGAUAAAGUCCCUACUAGAGAAGAAUGGCAGAUUAAGUUGAUAGACUAUGCCGAAAUGGCAAAAAUGACCGGAAGAAUCAGAAAUCAGGAGGGCCAAAACAUUAAUAAGGAAUGGAGAAAAUUUAUAAUUUACCUUAAAACCCAUUGUAAACAGUUAAAAUUCUUAGUGCUAUUGCAAUAACGCUUGUAAUGUAACGACAAAUUAUGGAUAUAAUGGAGAUACAAAAAUAUGGGUUAUUAUAAAAGAUGCAGAAGGACAAGAUUAGCAAUAAGACCCACUAAAGGGAGGAGGGAAGUCCAGGAGAUUCUUUAGAAUCUUGUUUUUAUAUAGUAUGUUCUUUAGGUGAAUGUAAAUUUUAAUAUGGAAAAUCAAAUAAAAUUUUGGGGAGAGAAUUUGGCCGUGCUCUCUCCAAGUAUUUGAGAACCUGGUAAAAUUCUUAAACCUGUUCCCACUCAUUAGUUUCACAGGCUCCCUGGUCUCUUUCUCUGGCCUAAUAGUGCAGAGGACUUUGGUUCAAUCUUACGUUGGAAAGAAGUCGCCUGGAGAGGUUUUGAUGCAGCAGAUGGGUGAGAACCUUGAAUGUACUAUAGAAGGAGCAUUUCUGGUCCAUGGCUGAGCACAUAAAUAAGACACAUGGACCUGAUCGGUGCGUCUGGGUCAGGCAGAAUGAUUCUGCAGAGCUGCUCUUGUGCCAAGUCUGUAGCUCUGUCUUUCCUAACUUAGGGUAUUUACUGGAUGAGAUCAAAGUGUUGCCUGUCUUCCUUACACUUAGGUAACCUCUUAACCCGGGAUUACACCGUGAAGCUACGUGUAUCACCUACAGCUGGUGCCUCAGAAGUGCUGGAUGUGUACAUUGAAACGGCAUUCUUGCCCUACCUGUGGGGUCUGCUUCCUGGCGCCAGAAUUCUCUUUCAGAACUUGCAGCGCAAGGUUUCCAUCAGGUAUGUGGAUCCAAAAGGCGUUGAAAUGGGCUUAGGCGCCUACUCUGGGCUGGUUGGUUUGUUUGCGCUGACCACCACCCAGGGCUGUAGCUACGGGGUGUUGAGAAAUGCUCCCGCCAGGGGCACAGGCAAGGGGUGUGUGUGCAAAAUCGGCUAAAACAUAUGUCCAUAAAUAUGUCUGUACAGUGGUACCUCUGAUUACGUACUUAAAUAAUAAUAAUAAUAAUAAUAAUAAUGAUAAUAAUAUAUUAUUUAUACCCUGCCCAUCUGGCUGAGUCUCCCCAGCCACUCUGGGCAGCUCCCAAUCAAGUGUUAAAAACAAUACAGCAUUAAAUAUUAAAACUUCCCUAAACAGGGCUGCCUUCAGAUGUCUUUUAAAGAUAGAAUAGCUGCUUAUUUCCUUCACAUCUGAAGGGUGGGCGCCACUACCGAGAAGGCCCUCUGCCUGGUUCCCUGUAACAUCACUUAUCGCAGGGAGGAAACCGCCAGAAGGCCCUCAGCGCUGGAUCUCAGUGUCCGGGCUGAACAAUGGGGGUGGAGACGCUCCUUCAGGUAUAAUUCGUUCCGGAGGUCCAUUCUUAACCUGAGGUACCACUUUAGCUAAUGGGGCUUCCCGCUGCUGCUGCGCUGCUUGUGCGCGAUUUGUGUUCUCAUCCUGAGGUAAUGCUCUUAACCCGAGGUAAUACUUCUGGGUUAGCGGAGUCUGUAACCCGAAGUGUUUGUAACCCAAGGUGUUUGUAACCCGAGGUACCACUGUAAAUAAAAAUAUUAUUUCCGCAUAGGAAAAGGUUUUAAAUAGAGGGUCUUGAAUGGGUGGAGGGUGGGGUUGGAGGAGAGGCGGAAAGAAGAGCUAAUUUGUCCGUGGCGCAAUCUGGACAGUUCUGCCAGGGGCGCAAGAUCACCUCCCUACGGCCCUACCACCCCCCAACCUUGCCAUGCUCUCAUUACUAGAUACAGCACCUCUGUAUCUGUGGAUGUCAAGUCCGUUGGGGACACAACUGAUUAUAUGUUGCACUGUUAAGUUAUAUGAAAUUCUGAGGGCUCAACACGGACGUUUUAAGGCUGGCGCAGUUACAAACAGUACUGAGUCAAGCCCGGAUGUGGCAGUGGUGUGCUGUACUGGGGGGGUGGGGGGUGGAAUUAGCACCUACUCUGAGCUCCAGUUCUUUGGGAAUCCCAUUUCUGUCCCGUGGCAUUGAUAUAUUUCUUUAAGGAUAACAGACAGGCUGCUUCCUCGAAAAACCAAAACCUCUGUAUUACAGAUUCAAAAACGUCUAUUGUACAUACAUUAUGUCCAGCUGCGUGUCUGUUCUGGCUGCUGCACCCCACGACCUUUCUUCCCUGUGAGUACAAAACUCUUCACAGCUCUGCCCUCUCACUCAACUCCCUACUGUGUUUGGCAAAUGUCUUUCAUUUUUUUCAUUUUUCUUUAAAAAAAAUCGUUUUUAUUUGCUUUUACCAGGACAAGUUUACAGUCAAACAGCUUAUAUAAUCAUUUCAUGAGAUUCUCUGUACAGUGGUACCUCGGGUUAAGAACUUAAUUCGUUCCGGAGGUCCAUUCUUAACCUGAAACUGUUCUUAACCCGAGGUACCACUUUAGCUAAUGGGGCUUCCCCCUGUCACCACGCCGCCAUGGCGUGAUUUCUGUUCUCAUGCUGAAGCAAAGUUCUUAACUCGAGGUACUACUUCUGGGUUAGUGGAGUCUGUAACCCAAAGUGUUUGUAACCCGAAGCAUUUGUGUUGGGUUGAAAUCACGACAGACGAAUGGUGGGUGUCAAAGGAGAGACGUCUGCCCGGGACAAGUCCCGGGAACUCUCUUUUAUUGAAUAUUACAAACAUUGCCACAGGUGUGCUUGUGGCUGAUUGGCUGAUACAAACACAAAGCAUCUUGUUGCUGAUUGGUUAACAUAGGUACAAGGCGGGCAUUACAUAUUACAUUAAUCAGUGAUAGUUCAAAAGACUGGGAACGGAGCUGGAACUAGACAGGCAUGAAACCUCCUAAUUAAAUUAUAACUAAAGAUUGAUAUUGAGAGAACAUAACAUGAAGGAAUACAACAAUCACGUUCCGUAAAUGUGGUCAGCAAUGCAUUAAGAACAGGUCAGGAUACACUGUUUCAUGAACUCAAUGGGAACUGUUCAGAACAUUCUCAGACUCUUGUGCAGAAGCAGAGAAAAGAUUAUGAGCGAGACUUCCCAGAAUGCAAGAGUUAUGUGCAGUAAGAGAACUGCAGAAAGAGAACUUCACAGUGAGAGAACUGCAGAAAGAAAAACUUCCCUUCAUCUCCCCUUUCUUUUCUUGUUUGCGAGGCAUUUCAGGUGGAUCAGGCAAAAAUACUUCGGGAUUAGUGGUGUGCCAGCGAAUGCCCGAAAUAAGCCUGCCAGGGUCGAUGGGACAAAAGUACUUCAGGAUACGUGGUUUGCCAGCGCAUGCCCAAAAUAAAUCUGCCCACAUCUCCCUAAGGUUUACUGUUGGUGUUGCCAUUUCGCAAUGUAAGCAGCAAGCAGUUUACUGGGUGGUGGAGGGGGGGAGAGAAGCCGAGAGAAAAGACUCAUGAGGCUGGGAACGCAUUGAAGGAAACAGCAUAGUAAAAUAAAAAUACAAAUUAAAUAAGAAUACAAAUUAUGACAAUAGCAUAUUGAAAAAGACCACGAAGACAAGUAAGGUUUGGCAACCAAGCGGUAAGCCACUGGGUGAAAGAAUCCCAGAGGCCAGGAAAACCAAUGUCCUGUUUAAUGUGUAAUCCCAGAGGCCAGGAAAACCAAUGUCCUGUUUAAUGUGAUGUGUAAGAUUUUGCAAAUGAGAGAUUUGACUUUGAAUAGCUCUUGAAUUGUCAGUAAUAUUGAAACAACACAUGUCAUUCACUUGUUCACAGCCAUAAUGAUGAAGCAUCAGCAAAUAAUGAUAGCAGCACGAUUUCGUAAAAGUCCAUUAUAUAGUUCACUCUGUUCUUUAUUCAAAAGGUGAAGGGCUUGUGAAGUAAAAUUCAGGGCUUUUUGCUUCAGAACAGGCUAGAGAAUUAAUGUUCAUACGAUUCCGUACAGACAAUCCAGGGACUCCUAAGAGAGAAACAACUAAAGAGAUAUAUUCAGACCUACUGAGAAGAGAGACAAAAGUAUCACAAUCAUUAGUCAAUUCAAUAUUGCAGUGAUAUUGAGAGCGGGAUAAAUGAUGCUUCUUGGGUAAAAUGAUGGACAAACGGCUUAAAUAGCAAGGUGUGCCAUGGCUGAUGUAUUGCUGGAAUGUAAUUAAACGUAUAGCCAGGACACGACCAGAAGAUUUCCAGUUGAGGGGAAGUGCAAGCUUACUCAUUAAAUUGAAUGGUAGCUUGUAAUUGCUGUAGUAAGUCUCUUCCCCACAGAUUGAGGUGGAUUUUCAGCACACAGGGCUGGAUGUAAGCAAUGGUUUCAGAACUAUCAGGCAGAGAAACAGGCAGCCACUGUACGCUUUUGGAAGAGGUUUGGGGGCCACCCACACCCCAGACAGCAGAGGCAGACUCAAGGGGCCACGUGGGGUCCCAGCAACUACUAGAAAUUACAGAAACGUCUGCGCCUGUGUCAAUCAAGCCUUCCAGCACAAUACCAUUGAUUUUAUACUUACGAAGAAGUUUCUUCUCACCAAUCCUCUGGACUACAGCUAACAGCUGUGGAGGGAAAGAAGAGAGCUCAGUGCAAAUUAGUAUCCAUAAUAGAAGCAGUAGGAUGAGAAGGGAGCACCACCAAAUGCGCCCAAGACUCACCCUUUUUGAUUGCAUGGGCAUAUGGCUCCAGAGUUGAACCAUUAUUGUGCCUACAUAGUCAGGAUCCAGAACUCCAGGAAUAACCUGGAUGCCUUCCUUUGCCGCAGAAAAUUUGGGUAAAAUUAAACCUGCGACUUUAGGAGGCAGGGGACCUGCCAAUUGAGUGGGCAUAAGCACAAUUUCACCAGGUAGAACAGAGUCUUUGGUCUCUUGAUUUAUCAAAUCAAUGGCAAAAUCAGAGGGUUUAGCCUUAGAGGCAGCACCAUCCUUGUUUGCCCCCCCGCCAGGGGCUCUGCAGUGCUUGGCAAAAUGGCCUGGGCGCUUGCAAUUAAAGCAGUUACCAGUAGGCUUAGUGGUUGCUUGGAUUGCGCCGGCAAGCAAGGACAUCGCAUGGCUCUGGCUACCGACAUCCGUACAAGCUUGAAUCAUAUCGGCCAGUUCAUAUUUAGGGCGAUGUAUGAUUGACUGCAAAGCUUUCUUGCAAUCAGUGUUUGCGUUUUCAAAGGCCAAUUUUUUCAUCAAUUCAUUUUGAGCAGUGGUGUUAUCAAUCUGCCUAGUGACUGAUUCUUUCAAUCUAUCUAUAAACUGAUGGUAUGGCUCCGAAUGCUGUUGCUUAAUAUUUACAAAGGAGCUCAGCGGUUGCCCAGAAACAGGGACUUUCCGAAAGGCGCGUUGUACACAGAGUCGCGGUGCGAACAAAAUGUACAGGUGUCAGUGUUGCUUGGGCAGUUAUAUCAGCAAACUGACCAGCACCAUAAAGUUCAUUGGCAGUAUGUUGAGGAUCAGACAGGGCUGAAGCGCUAUGUUUAAAUUCACUCUCAAACACCACAUACUGAGCAGGGGACAAAAGCAUGCGCAUCAGGUCUUUCCAGUCCUGAGGUAGCAUAAUGUAACCAGUUGCUAUGCCUUCUAGCAUCCCUGUCACAUAAGAGGACUUCAGACCAGAAUCAGCAAUGGCUUUCCUUAAUUCCCUCAUUAUAGAAUAAGGAAGCGAUUCAUAAUAAAUCUGCUGUUGAGCAGUUCCAGGGUUUGAAUAAGAGAUAGGGAAAGCAGACGGCAUUUCACCUGGCCACUCAGCCUCCUCCUCUAAGGACAGGAGCCCUUUUUGCCUUGCCAGAGAGAGCGCAGCACGCACAGCUCCUAUAGAGCAAACAGGGGCUGUGGCAGGAGGAGGAGGGAUGGGGGGGGGAGGAAUCAGGCUGAGGCGGAGGGAUGGGGGGGGAGGAUGCAGGCUGAGGAGGGUGAGACGCAGGGAGGGAUAGGCUGGGCUGCAAAGGAGAAGGAGGUAAAAGUUUCGGGUAAGGGGGGGGAUUGUCUGCGAUGGCGAAAAGUGCUGGUGGCGGGCGAGACGCCUGUGGUAAUUUAGCGACGGCAUCAGCACAUUUCUGCCAAGUGAGCAGACAAUGAAUCGGAGCCCUAGGUUCUGCAAAAAGGGUCUUUCCGAUCUUUUGCCAAGUCUCUACAUCCAAAGAUCCUUUUUCAGGAUAGGAGGGAAAUUGGCAAGAAAUCUCACAUAGCAAUUGUUCAAUUUCUUUUAAGGAAAUAUUAACACCCACCUCCCGCUGCCUAACUAAAUAAAGCAACUCUUUAGCAUGCUCUUUCUGGAGCUUAGUCAAGUCCCCUCCCAUACUCACGAAGUAGCGCGCUGAGACUUUUCCAGUCGGGUGAAGUAUGAGGUUUGGCUGCGUAAGGGAUCUGGCACGUCAGGGGUCACCAGAUGUUGGGUUGAAAUCACGACAGACGAAUGGUGGGUGUCAAAGGAGAGGCGUCUGCCGGGACAAGUCCGGGAACUCUUUUAUUGAAUAUUACAAACAUUGCCACAGGUGUGCUUGUGGCUGAUUGGCUGAUACAAACACAAAGCAUCUUGUUGCUGAUUGGUUAACAUAGGUACAAGGCGGGCAUUACAUAUUACAUUAAUCAGUGAUAGAUCAAAGGCUGAGAAAUGGAGCUGGAACUAGACAGGCAUGAAACCUCCUAAUUAAAUUAUAACUAAAGAUUGAUAUUGAGAGAACAUAACAUGAAGGAAUACAACAAUCACGUUCCGUAAAUGUGGUCAGCAAUGCAUUAAGAACAGGUCAGGAUACACUGUUUCAUGAACUCAAUGGGAACUGUUCAGAACAUUCUCAGACUCUUGUGCAGAAGCAGAGAAAAGAUUAUGAGUGAGACUUCCCAGAAUGCAAGAGUUAUGUGCAGUAAGAGAACUGCAGAAAGAGAACUUCACAGUGAGAGAACUGCAGAAAGAAAAACUUCCCUUCACCAAGGGAACAGAAAAGACGUUUUAUGUGUGCGACAACAGCUGCACAGGUGUUGCUAGCCCAAAGAUGGAAAGAAGAAAUGAUCCCAACUAGGGAAGAAUGGCAAACCAAGUUGCAGGACUACGCUGAGAUGGCAAAACUAACUGGGAAACUCAGGAAUCAAGAAGAUAAGGACUUUAAAAAAGAAUGGGGAAAUUUUAUAAUAUAUCUAGGAGACCAUUGUAAGCAAGUUAAAACUUUAGCUGGACUUUGAGAUACACUUGUAAAGUAACGAAAACUAUGGAUAAUUUGGAAAAAUGGAAAAUUUGGAGAACGGACUGAUAUGUCAUUUUAAAUAUUGUAAUAAGGACCCAUGUAGGGGAUGGGAGACGUCAGGAAUACAGUGGUACCUUGGGUUACAAAUGUGAAGGGAAGUUUUUCUUUCUGCAGUUCUCUCACUGUGAAGUUCUCUUUCUGCAGUUCUCUUACUGCACAUAACUCUUGCAUUCUGGGAAGUCUCACUCAUAAUCUUUUCUCUGCUUCUGCACAAGAGUCUGAGAAUGUUCUGAACAGUUCCCAUUGAGUUCAUGAAACAGUGUAUCCUGACCUGUUCUUAAUGCAUUGCUGACCACAUUUACGGAACGUGAUUGUUGUAUUCCUUCAUGUUAUGUUCUCUCAAUAUCAAUCUUUAGUUAUAAUUUAAUUAGGAGGUUUCAUGCCAGUCUAGUUCCAGCUCCGUUCCCAGUCUUUUGAACUAUCACUGAUUAAUGUAAUAUGUUAUUCCCACCUUGUACCUAUGUUAACCAAUCAGCAACAAGAUGCUUUGUGUUUGUAUCAGCCAAUCAGCCACAAGCACACCUGUGGCAAUGUUUGUAAUAUUCAAUAAAAGAGAGUUCCCGGGACUUGUCCCGGGCAGACGCCUCUCCUUUGACACCCACCAUUCGUCUGUCGUGAUUUCAAUCCAACACUUGGGAUCUCAGUACCUAUAAGCCCUAAUAGGAAAGCUUCAGGUUUUUUAACAAAAGUUAUUUUAAACAUCUUUUUUCAAUUCGUUAUAUACCAUUUCCCAAAAUGGUUUUGUUACCUUACAUGUCCACCACAUAUGGUAAAAGGUGCCUUCCUUUUCUUUACACUUGCAGCAGAAAUUUGAACUUGUUCUAUACAUUUUAGUUAAUUUAAUAGGGCUCAAAUAUCCACCGGUACAUCAUUUUCAUAUUUAGCGUACAGGAUGCUGUGAAUUUCAAAUCUGUUUCCCAAAGCCUCUCCCAAUCUGCCACCUGUAUUAUAAAGUCCUUUGCCCAAUGCACCAUAACCAAUUUAACCUGUUCAUCUUUUUUAUGCCAUUCCAGGAGCAAAUUAUACAUUUUCGACAGUAUUUUAGUAUUGCUUUCUAGAAGAUCUUUUUGAAACUUUGAUAUCUCAUAACUGAAACCUUUCUGCUUGUCUAUCCUUUUGGUCUUUUUAAUUUUAGGCAGCUGGGUGCCGCCUCUGCUCCUUCCGUGCUGCAUUUGUCCAGGAUCACGCCUGAGCCUUCUGGUCUGGGCCAGGCGCAGGUUGCCUGUCACGUGACGUGUGUCCUGUCUUUGUCCCUGCACUGGAGCUGCUCCCUUUGCAACUGCAUCUUCACAGAGGUGCCCAACAAACUCCUAUCCUCUAACUAGAACCUUUCUCCUGGUAUUUUUCUGUGCAAAGGGGGGCAUAUUUUUUAAUAACAAUAAUUUUUAUUAGAUUUCAAUGACAAUAACCCAAUGUUAGCCUCAUUAUAACAGUGCCAAAUUAUACAAUUACUAAUCCCAAUCAUUCAGAUGCCAAAUUAUAUAAUUUAGGUGGCCUCCUGCGUGCUAGAAUUGAUGGCUUGAUGAUUUGCUUUGUUUCUGCUUUCCAACAUCUUAUUCAUCUCCAUUACAUUCCAGUCAAAAUAGCAACCCCUUAUACUACAACUGCAAUAUUAACGACAUCCACUUGUCUUGACACAUUAAAUGAUUUAUAAACCCAGAGGUGAAGCAUUCAAACUACAGUGGCACCUCGGUUUUCGAAUGUCUCCAUUGACGGACAUUUUGGUUUACAAACGCCGUAAACCCAGAAGUAAAUGCUUUGAUUUUUGAACACGCCUCGGAAUUCGAACAUGCCACGAGUUUCCGCCAAGCGCAGGAUCCUGAGGCUUAACUGUCAGCUUUUGAGUUUUCGGUUUUUGAACGUUUCAGAAUUCGAACGGUCUUCCGGAACGGAUUAGGUUCGAAAACCGAGGUACCACUGUAUAUCCUUCUUCCUCCUGUGUGUGACAGUUGCCGUAUUUUUCGCUCCAUAAGACACACUUUCUUCUUCCUAAAAAGUAAGGGGAAAUGUCUGUGCGUCUUAUGGAGCGAAUGUGUGGUCCCUGGAGCCGAAUUGCCCAGGGGCAAAAAGCAGAUCAUGCUUUUUUUUUUUUUUGAAAGAGGGAAGGGGGUGUUGAAACAAAGCCGCUGAUUGUUUGCCCAUCGGGAAGGAGAUAAGGGACACUAGAGAUAAAGGAGGCUGCCUGGGAGGGGGGAGGUAAAGACGGCAAACUUGCAAAGGGGGGAAACAGGAAGACUAAAGCAAUAAGGGGAGAAAUUAGAAGAAAAGGAGGAGCAAAAAACUGCUCUAGCUAAGGAAAAGACACUAAGGCAAGCAAGAGGGAAGGAAGUGUUGAAAGGAAACAACUGAUCGGUGGGAUCGGGAGAGAGAUAAGGGACACUAGCGGAGGCUGCCUGGAAGGGGGGAGGCAAAAGCUCAUAGAUCCUCAGGAUUUUUACAUUGGGUCACCCCAAAUUCACCAUCAGAUCACAUAGCAUGUCCAUGGCUACAGCCUGCACCAAAAAAAUCAUGCACCCACUGUUUCAUUCAGAAUAUUUUUUCUUGUUUUCCUCCUCUAAAAACUAGGUGCGUCUUAUGGUCAGGUGCGUCUUAUGGAGCGAAAAAUAUGGUAUUCUGUCCGUGGUGUUCCCUCCUGUCCUUGUAAAAUGUUAUGUCUAUCUAUUCGCAUUUUUGUGAGGAGUAAGCAUUCAGUUGUAGGAACCCCGCACCUCUAUCCCGAAGGACAUUUACUUGUUUACCAGUUUACCCCCUCAGUGAGAAGUGACCUGAGUUCGCCAUCUUUUCCUUUCUCAUCCAGGGAAGAUGCAGCCGGUAUAACCCACCUUGCCUGUCGCGUACAGGAGUGUGCAAAGCCCGUGCCAGGUGAGUACUGUGGAUUAGAUUUGAGGUGAAUUUGCCUUCCACAAUCUUCCUUUGAUGUGGCUUUGAAGGUUCUGUUUAGCCAGAGUCAGGAUUUGAAUGCAAUGUCUGUGCAGCCUGUGCAAGUCUCAAAAGUUUGUCUGGUUUUGCUCAGUCCCUUCCAGCCCCUUCAGCCAAGUUUUUACCUGCCCCAUAUCUGACAUGGUAUAUGGCACCAGGUAUAGGGUAGGCGGGUGUGGCUUGGCCAAAAAGUCCCCACGGGCCAAAUGCCAGAGUCGUCUAGGUGGUCUAGGGGAGGUUCCUACUAGACUGGACUGUAAGCCAGUUGAGUAGACUGUCAGGCAUGGAGAGUCCUCCUCUCCCUUCGGUAACUUCACAAACAAGAAAUAACAAGCCGUUUAUAAUUUAUAGUUCUUUUAUUCAAGCAUCAGGUUGCGAGCAAAAAUCCACAUCUUUCCACAAGGAGAGCAGUUAGCUACUCUAAAUCCUCCCACUUCUGUCUCCCGCAACAUCCUGGGCGCCAACGGAAAGUCCCUCCUCCUCUUUGCGUCCUUUGUUCUCAAAUAUGGACAGACCUCCUAGUUCAGGGGUAGGCAAGCUAAGGCCCGGGGGGCCGGAUCUGGCCCAAUCGCCUUCUCAAUCCGGCCCGCAGACGGUCCAGGAAUCAGCGUGUUUUUACAUGAGUAGAAUGUGUGAUUUUAUUUAAAAUGCAUCUCUGGGUUAUUUGUGGGGCACAGGAAUUCGUUCAUUCCCCCCCCAGAAAUAUAGUCCGGCCCCCCACAUGGUCUGAGGGACAGUGGACCGGCUCACGGCUGAAAAAGGUUGCUGACCCCUGUUUUAGUUGUGGGGAAGGAGGUUCCCCCACACUAACGACGUCUCAGCUAGCUGCUCCCUCCCUUCUCUUUCCCUUGCUAUUACCUCGUAGUUACGCAACACCUGUCUAAGCUGCUCUGCGUCUGUGUCUCUCGCUGAAGACAAGGGUGUGUGUGUGGGUGAAUCUUGCCCCUCCGGCUCCUCUUCGGAGCUAAGCUGAUCUGCCUGAGAAUGCACUCCCCAGUCCUGUGCUUCAGGCCAUUCCCUGACACAGACAGACCACCAUUCCGAGUCAGAAUAAUUUUGUGAUCUCCUUACUCCUUCAAACCUUCAGAAUCAUAGUAGAAGAUGGAACAAGCGAAUUUGUGGUGGUGUGCAAGAACCAGCAGGUGCAGAAAGUGCUGGCUUUGAGUGCCAAGGAGUGGGAUGUUGUACAGAACCAUGUUAAGAACACGGGCAGUAUUGGCAUUCAGCACAGUGAAGUUAAUACGGCUCCUGGGGUGAGUGGCUUAUUCUCCUCUUGUUGAACUGCUAACUCCGUAUCUGAAUUACGAAUUCUCCCUGGUGAUCUUCUCUGUGUAUUUCACUUGCUCAGUCCACUGCCAAUAAUCUUCUGUUUUUGAUAGCAAACGGAGGAGCGUGAAGACCUGUUCACCUGGUACUUGAGAAGCUUAUGCAGAAGCCCAGUUGUCUGUCGGCCUGUCCUGUUGACUUUCAGACCAGAUAGAAAGCCCUCGGGAGAUCACGAGGCAGGUAUGUAGAUAUGUGUCCUCAAUCUUAUCGGAGCUGAGAUGUCAUGGACUGGUUGGAUGAGUGGCGUUGUGGUCUAAACCACUGAGCCUCUUGGGCUUGCCAAUCAGAAGGUCGGCGGUUUGAAUCCCCGCGACGGAGCUCCCGUUGCUCGGUCCCAGCUCCUGCCAACCUAGCAGUUUGAAAGCACGCCAGUGCAAGUAGAUAAAUAGGUACCGCUGUGGUGGGAAGGUAAACGGUGUUUCUGUGCACUCUCAGCGUUUCCGUCAGCGUGUUCCAUUGUGCCAGAAGCGGUUUAGUCCUGCUGGCCACAUGACCUGGAAAGCUGUCUGUGGACAACGGCAUCUCCCUUGGCCUGAAAGCGAGAUGAGCACCACAACCCCAGUCGCCUUUGACUGGAUUUAAUUGUCCAGGUGUCCUUUACUUUUUUCACAUAACAUAGUUUUUAUUGAAUUGGUUGAAAAAUAUUUACGUAUUAGGAAUCAGAGGAAAAGGGCAAGUUGGCUGUUGGCCUGCACAUUUUAAAAUAAACAAACAAAAAAAAGCAGGUUUGGCAAUUUGAUUAAUAUACCUGUGGGUUUUUUUUGUGGGUUUAUGAUGGGUUGGAAGGGUUUGUCAUCCAUGGUCCUAUAGACCUCUGGUGAUUUAUACUUUAAGGACCAAGAAUCUGGAGAUUGUGGCAUGUUGUAAAGGCAAUGAACUCUAACAGGAUGUCAGCUUCUUAAAUUUAGAAAGAAAAUUGUACGUGUCUAGGUAUCUUUUUCCAGCUUAUAGUCUGAGCUUAGUGUUGUCCUAACCAACUUUCCCAAGAAAAUAUCUUGAUUUUUUAGGUAGCUCAAAUAAUGUUUUAAAAGUAAAUCAAAUGAAAAAAAUAAUACAAUGGAAUUGUACAAUGGCUACAUGGUUGUUUGGUUUCAACACCCCAAAUCUUACGUGGAAUGUUGAGACUUCAUGGUUUAAAGUGAAACUGUGUUUUUGUUUUUUUCCCAAGGCUUAGGACAGUUGAGGAGGUUUUUCUCCAAUGGCUUGGAGUUCCUAAGUCAGACGAGGCAGCGGUGGAACUUGAUAUGUCUGGAUGUCCAGGAGGCGACAUGAACGUGAGGCUUGUAACAAACGGCUGUACAUCUCGGGUCUUAUCCUGCUGUGGAAGAGCAAUUAUGACAUUUCUGCUUCUUCCAUGCAACCCAUCAUUUGGAGACACGUCAUUUACGUUUCUCAUAUAAAAUGCAGUAAAUGUAAUAAACCUGAACAAAUCUAUUUUGUGGCUUUUUAAAGAUAUUCCUAAUUGCUGUCGCAAAAAUAAUACUAACACUCAUUUUAAACAUCUAGCUUGUUUUUCUGUCAUGCAGAUAUGACUAUUAAUUUUCACCACCUUUCGUGUAUUCUAGCCAAUUUUUUGCAAAUUCUGGCACUGACCGUUCUAGCUACUAUGAAUGCAUAACAUGCUAGAUUUUAUUUUUGCUGAGUGGUAGGUUUGAUAUACAUUCCGAGACUCUGAUGAGUUUUGGGACGAGGGGAAUUCCAUAGCUGAGAGCCCCUCGAAACACUUCCUUCACAUUCUUGAGGUCUUGAUUCAUCAAAUUAAGAGGAUUUCUGCACAAUCUUAAGGGUCAUGUCAAAAACAUGGGGACUGAGGUGCUCUCAGGCUUAAACAGGCUUUUUUAAAAGCCUCUGGACCUCCACUAGUCGCUAAGUGGAAGCUGAGCCCUCUAGCUGAAAAACAAAUCAGUGAACAUUUUUGCUACAUAAGGAAGGACAGGUCAAGUAUAUUCUAAAUCCAUUUUUUAUUCUCAGUUACUUCAACAAUGUACACAGUUUCUAGCAACAGAUAAUGUACUUACUAUACAGGCUUCCCCUCCCCUCCCCACCUUGUCUCAUUCCUCCAUUUUUUGGUGAACCAAGAAUUUGCAGCAGCACAGCAAGUUAUUUUUCUAACACUGAAAAACAGACACAAAACAAGGAGACAAAAUAUAUAUGAAACUGAACUGGCCAGUUUUAGGCAGGUACAGCACAAUAAAUAGACAUCUUUAUUUCAGAUAUAGUUCGUAAAAUUUUACAGCAUCCUCUUAAAGUAGUUAUCGGUUUCAUAGGCAUGAAAUGCUACAGCACAGUACAGUCAAUUAGGUUUUCAGCAAAAGUGGGUUUUGCACAAAUCAUUCAUACGCCACGCUUGAGGAAACUGACACUCAAUGCAGAACCAACAAUAAUGUCAAUAUGCAGUUAGGUUUUAACUGGCAUUUAACUUAAAGACAAGAUACGCCUGGGGGUUAGGAACCUAGAAACUUCCUGGCAAUGUUAUUUUAUUUUUGGGUGGAGAGAGAGAUGGAGCAUUUAACUUGUACAAGUGUCACCUGCAAUUAUAACCAUUCUGCAACUCUGUUAAGUGGGUUUUCUGCUGUUUAGAAUAGGAAACUGACCCAGAAGGGGCAUUAGGUCUUUUUUGCUAGGAACCCGUGUUUUUGCAGCAGUGACACGAUGGCACUAGAUGUUUAUUCAGUGAAAACUAAGGUUCUUCUUCAUUACUGAAACUGUAAUCAGAACAUGAGCACCAGGAAAAGUAGCUAACUUCUCCAAGGUGAGAAAAUACUACCCGGCACACGAGAAGGUAACUGAGCAGUACUGCUCACGUGUCCUGGAAGACAAGACUAGCAGAGCAAACGUCCCAAAAUCAUCAGCUCUGUAAAAUGACAAAUUCUAUAUUCUCUUACUCCACCACAGGGAUGGGGAAACCUAUAGGCUCCAGCUGCUGUCUGCCUACAACUCCUAUCAUUCCUAACCACCAGCCAUGCGACCUGAGACUGAUGGGAGCUGGAGUCCAGUAAAAUUCAGACAGCCAAAGGCUCCCCAUCUAGAGACGGGAAAGCCUGGGAAAAAUCAGAAAAAUUGAGGGGGGACUAGGUCCACCCCCCAUUCCCCCCAGGCUGUCGUCCCCCCCCCGGAAAAACGGCUUUGGGGGGGGAAAUGACCCCCCCAAUUUUUCCAGUUUUCCCCCAGACCUUCCCCUCUCUACCCCCAUCCCUACCCUAUAAUGUUAAGAACUACUGUUCCGCUAUUCCAGUGAUUGAAAUAAAAACAAAAAUCCAAAGUAAAAAAUGUGUGGCUUCCAAUUUUGCUUUAAUUGUUGCGGUAAAUGCAAAGAAUAACGCAGGCAAGGAGGCAGAGGAGAGGACUGCUGCCUUGUCCCAAUGAAAAACAAUGAUUAAGUUUCUGCCUUGUCCCACUGCAUAUAGGCAAAAAUAUAUAUUAAGCUGCAGCACACAGAGAUGUGACUUAAUUUCUGUAUUUGGGGGUGGAGAUGAUCUAGGAAGGGAGUGGAACCCAUUACUAGCUGGAAGCAACCAUUGUUGUGAGAAAUAAAUGUAAUUCGUAUUUAAGGAAAAUUGUGCUUCCUCGGAUAAGAUGAGCAGAAAGAUUGCUGCUGGGCACUCCUCUUUGCCCCACAAGCCUGCAAAUUUUCAACACACUGGAUGAAACAGGAAAAUAGUGAAAUAAUAUUGUAGCUAAGUAAUUUUAACUAUAGAUUUGAUUUUUUCCAGGGUAGCAGCAGCAGCAGCAGCAACAUUAAAGUACAAUAAAUAAAUCCUAUCUCUGAUGCAUCCGAAUUGCCUCAACUGAAUAGCAGUAAUCCAGGAAAAAGGGUUCAAGUGCCCCAAUGCCAUCUAUACAUAUACAGCAGCAUAUGUGUUUUUUCCUCUCUCCCAGAAAAACUCUUGAGCUCCCCUGGUUCUCUUCCAAAGAAAGGGAAACUGCCGGCUAAGAGGUCAAAUCUGGUAAAGGAGACUUCCAACCUCAAAGGGACCUUUACAAAACCUGUUUUACGCUCUUAAGAUCAGAUUUACACACACAAACACACAGCUAUCAAACUAAAUGGGAAUGUUUUCAAAGAUAAAAGGAAAUCUUCAGUGAAGUGUGCAUCUUCUAUCCAUGGAAAAGCAAGAAGACGGAGAUGAGGAACACACUCAGUUGGGGCUCCAGAAGAGUCGUGACUCUAGUCUUCCAAACUGCGGAACGCAUUCUGCAUGUCUUCAAAGAGCUGGGCGUAGUCUGCUUUGAUCUUUGCCUCUCCAUCUUUCACUGGGUCCUGAAAUUGGACAGACCAAAACUCAGAAAUUGCUGGGGCUUUGUGGUUCAUUGUCAGGAAGGAGGUUGCCAGGCGUAUUUCCUUCCUAGGCAAUUUCUACCCCCAGUGCCCAUACAUUUAUCAAUACAGUGGUGCCUUGGUACUCAAACAACUUGGAACCCAAACACUGUAAACCUGGAAGUAAGCUUUCCGGUUUGAGAACUUUUUUCAGAACCCGAACGUGCUCCAUUUUGAGUGUUACGCUUCCAAUUUGAGUGCCACACUUCCAAUUUUGGUGUUACGCUGAGGUCUGUCUGUUUUUGCUAUUUUGCAUUUUUGUGGCUCUUUUUUUGUGACUUUGUGGAACCCAGUUCAACUACUGAUUGAUUGAUUGAUUGAUUGACUGACUGAUUGAUUGUGUGUCUGCACUACACUGUUUAUUGCUUUCAUUUUAUGGAUCAAUGGUCUUGUUAGAUAGUAAAAUUCAUGUUAAAUGGCUGUUUGAGAGGUUGUUGUUAAUCGUCUGGAACGGAUUGCUUUACUUUCUAUGGGAAAGUGCACCUUGGUUUUGGAACGCUUUGGUUUUGGAAUGGACUUCCGCAACGGAUUAAGCUUGAGAACCAAGGUACCACUGUACGUGGAAGGCAUUCUACUCUCCUCUUCCCAUUGGAUUGAGGUAACACAGUUUUAAACCACUGUCUGGAUGGACUAGAAAAAAGCAAAACUGUCAGCGUGGACAACAGCCAUGUUCAUCCCACAAACAGCCAACUGCGGCCAUGGCAAGACUAGUCUAAUCACUGAUCUCAAAUUGAUAAAUGAAAUAUGGCUUGUGGUCAGAGGAGAAGAGACUGUGGAUCACUGUGACCACUAAUGUAGCCCUUUCCUUAAGUUUUGUUAUUUUUAAAAGGGGUAAGGCUCAACUGGAGACAAUUUUAAUCUUACUUUAUAGCUCAUGUCAAACGACCACAUAAUAACACAAUGGCCAUUAUGCUUAUUUGCCUUCAGUAGUAGUAAAGCUCUGCUGGAUUAAAUAUUAAUUACCUCUGGUCUAUUUUGGUGGAAUCCCGCAAUGUGUUUUAAGUUUUUACUCUGCUAACUAUACAUUGGAAUCUGCUCGGGCUUAUUUAUUGAGUAGAAUUCUAUGACACAAUAACCUGCUGGCAGUGGGAGUGAAGAAUGGAAUAUGAAAAUUGCCUACUUCAUCUUUUUGUUUUCUCUUAAAUAUAAAAACACAACACUGCCAAGUUGGGCCUCAAAUGCUUGCCAAGUUAAAUAGGGGGCAUUCUGACAAUGUCCUCACGCUACCCAAAAAUGGAGACCGCCUAACACAGCCAGGAGAAGGAAUCUCGGUUUGUUUUGCUGUAACUCUCCCUCACACAGAGGACAUACCUUGAAUUUCAUUGAUGUGAGUCGGUAAAGAAUCUCAUUCAUGUUCUCUCUGAUGAUGGCCCAAGUGAUCUUAUUGUCACUCUGGGCAGUGGUCUCAACCGCUCGACGUGCCAUAUCAUAAAAGGCGAUCAUGUUGGACAGUAUUCCCACUGUCUUAUAAAAUGGGCAGAACCUAACAGAAAAAAAGCAGAGGAGGCUUGCAAGUCCUGUCUUAAGGACGCAUUUGUGAAUGAAUAGGGUGAGCCUGUGACCUGGACUCAGGAACUAAAAUAUUAACCAUCAUAAAAGAAUGGCCAGGCUGCCCAGGUAGGGCAAUCAGUGACCAUUAUCAGGUAUCCUGGCAGACAGGAUUUCUGCUGUAGACCACCUCCUGUGAUGUAUCUAUGAUGUUUCAAGGGGUGGUCUGGGGCUACAGGGUGGGCAGUUUCCAAAGUCUAUAUAAGGGCUUGCGCACCAUUGUUCAGGGUUCUCCUCCCUCCUGCGUGUGGUGAGUGGGGACCCUGUUGCAACAGUUCCUUGAAUAAAGAUCAGGCUUACUAGCCGCUU